UGAUGAUGACAGUGCGUGCUGGUUUAGGUCUGACCGAGUAGUCCUAGCAGUGGCUUUUAGUGGUUUACUAGUCAGAUGUUAGUGUGACACGGUCCAGAACCACUUGGCGACACCUAUAAUCUACAGUGUAAGUGAUGUUUACAUGCAAUCACCAUGACAAUCCAAUCUCAAAGCUCUGGAGGCAGAAAUAAUGUUAUUGCGUUGAUCUUUAUUCAUCCUUCUCAUUGGCCAAGAGUGUUUCACCACAUUUUUUGGAGGCUACAACCUCAUUUAGCAGAAGCCUCAGGAUUUAUACUGCUCAAAACAUAAAGGGAAAAGUCAAAUCACAAAUCCUAGAUCUCUAUGAAUGAGAUAUUCUGGAGAAUCUUUAAUGAGUACCUAAGAAUGUAAGAAUGGUCACUGGACACACAAAUCAUCAAAUCAUUGAGGACUGCAUUCAGAACCAAGGAUGUUGUAUGGCGCACACUAGUGGAGGUCAAGCCUUUUAAGCCACUCUCAGAGAGUCUGUUUAUGAGAGGAGUGUCAUGUAGAUUAUUUUGUAGGACUCUGGCAGUUCUCCUUCUGUUCCUCUUUGCACAAAGUAGCAGUUUUUUUUCUAUAGCUAUGUGUACCAGCCUGUCUCCUGGUAUCUUGCCCAUUGGUACUAAAUAAAAUAGGCCAAAAAGGAUGAGAAAAUGCAAAUCUAUGGCCACAUUCUUCAGUUUCUUCAGAGGGCUUGUCUUGAUGGACUUUUCACCAGUUGUCUAUCCCAUUUACAGGUGAAAGUUGAUUCACAGUCAUUAUUGCUUCCUAAAUGGACAGGUUGCAUUACUGACUUGUAGGUACACUGUGAUUAUUUUGUGUUCCCUGUAAUUUUUGAGCAGUAUAUACACUGAGUGAAGCAUGCUGUUGCUGCAGUAUAUAAGGGGCAGCAUGGCUCGUGUGGUAAAGUGAUCAUCUGGCAACCUGAUGGCUGCUGGUUCAAUCCUCUGACCAUGUCAAAGUGCCCUUGGGCAAGAUAGUGAACGCCUUGUUGCUCCUAAUGUCAAAGCGCUUUGAGUGAGUGCCUUGAAGGUAGAAAAGCGCUCUCGAAGUGAAAGUCCCUUUACAUUUACAUAGUCAGGCUUACAGUACGUGGGGGAUUUGGUAUUUUAGGAAGUAUUGAAAUCUGUGACUUAAUUCCUGUGACUUAAUCACGAAUGUUCUGUGUCACAACCAGAAAAUUUAUAGUUUUCUUGGAUCAGCGAGACAAAAAAUAGUGUUUCUGAAGAUAUACACUCCUGAUCACAUUAUAAGACCUUUUGAAAAAUUGCAAGAAUUUACAUGUUGCACUGUUGCAUCUUAAGUCGAGCUUCAAAAUGCAAAAUAGGAGUGAGACAAACAAAAUUUGAGUAAGGAAUUUAUUGCAAACAACCAUUAAAUUGAAAUCGUUUUUUUCUCUUCGGAGAAUAAAACUUUCUUCCACCUUCCAUGUCCCAUGUUUGGUGCUCUCGUGCAAAUUCCAAACGGACAAUUUAGUGUUGUUCUUAAAGCCCUUGUCUCGCAGAUGGCGUGUGAUGGUUAUUGGACUGCACUCGGCACCAGUAACAACGUUCAUUUGAGCUGAGGAUCCUCUUUUGUCUUGACGGACAGCCAGUCGGAUCCCCCGGAUGAGGCCCGGUGACAUUUUUCUUGGAUCUAUUACUUGACUUUUUGUUCCAUAUCCCUCAGGAUCUUUGAAGAACUUUAAAAUGAGUGUCUUACUGCGUCCAACCUCAGCAGCAAUGGUGUGCUGAGAGAGGCCUUGCUUACGCAGCUCAACAAUCUGACCGCACUCAAGGAGAGAAAGCUUUUUUCCUUUGCCAUCAAAAGAUGUCACCUGGCAGAAAAUGACUUUGAAUCCACAUUUUUACCAAGAUUUUGGGUUUUAAAGGCUCUGGUCUUAAACCUUUGAUCAGCUGAUGAACAGCCUAUUUCACUUUAAUGCGUGUUUGCAAUAAAUAUAUAUAUUUUGUUGUCUCACUCACAUUUCUACUUUUUGCAUUUUGAAGCUCUACUUAGAACCUCCUUAAGAUCCAGAACCGUUCUUAACAUGUUGAUCAGGAGCGUAUUUCUAUAUCAUAUGUCGUUCGGGAGGAUAUGAGUCGAUGGGGAAACUUCAAGGAAAAUUGCACAUUAAAAAAAAUGUGCCCAUCAUCUACAAUCCUUAUAUGAGCUCAUUAAUGCACGUAAUGGGAUGCACCUAUCCCCUCUACGAAGCCUACUAUUAAAACCCCUCCAACAAGGUUUUAUUGCUUUAUAUCCAUGCUGUAACCAUGUAGUGACAGGCACAUUCAUGAUAACUUGUACUACUUAUAGUAUAUUACUGUAUUUUGGUCAUUUUUAAACAUUACUGGAGCUUCCUUCUUGGGCGCUUUGAUUUCACAUAGCAACAUAUGAAGGAACGCUACACCUAGCAUUCAAUUUACAAAAACACAGGAGCAGUGGCCGCAGCUUUAAUGUGUAGCGUUACCUUUCGGUAGUGGCCUGACGUGUUGUGAGCGUGGCACUGACGCCCUAUGAACGAGUGUCUGAUGAAGCUAGUUGCUACCCGGCUAGUAGCUAGCCGGUGUGGUGUGGCCAGGUGUCACAAUGCCAGUAAAGUAGUUCUUCUGCGUAACAAUGUUAAUAACAAUAAUAAUAACAAUGUUGCUGUAGCUUGGUUAAUAUGCAUGUAAAUGAAGCAUUGUUGGCGGUUUCUGGAAGUUUUUUCAGGAAGCUUUAUAGGCGGAAUAGUUGCAUCCCAUUAUUUGCGUUCUUAGCUGUCUUUCUUUAGCUGUUUUUAUAUCUUUAGAAUGCACAGACGUGUCUUCAAGGCUCACUUAAGCAUUGUGGAUGAUGAGCAAAUUUUUUUUUUAAAGUGCAGUAUUUCUUUAGUCUUGAGCAGUUUUCAAACUCCUUGUAUCCUUAUUUAAUGAAAUUAUGUGCAUUAUUUCUCCAGAAAGCUGUCUUUUUGUCACAAGAUAAUGUCAUUACAUCACCUACGUCAGAUAAUAUCAUUAUUCCUGCCACUGGAGCAGCUUAAACAUUCUACGUGAAGUCACGAGUGGUGUCAGAGCCAGGCGAAUUGUGUUUUCUGAAAAAAAUGUACCGUAUUUCUUCCGUGUGUUAAUUCUGCUUAUUUCCUUUAAAUCUGUAAAAAUUAUAUUGCAGAUUGGUAUGGUUAAUUUACAACAUUAACUAACGGAGAUUCAGAGUGUAAUUUAUAUGUUGAUUGAGAUCUGUUGUCAUUUUGAUUUAAAUAUAAUAGAAAAUGUUAUUCUCCGUUGCCGAGCAUCAUUCCUAUGCAUUUGAUUGUCUAUUUAGCGUACACACGGUUACAGUACAUAACAGAUUACACAGUUGAACAAUCCAACCAAUAAUACAAAACAAAUUAAACUUGAUUAUUAUCAUGAUUUUUUUGUAAAAAGAUAUUUGCAAUCCAAACAAGCACACACAUGAAAUGGAAAAUGUAUGCACGCCAUUUAGUGUUUUCUCUUCUUUAAUUCAGUACUAACAUAAGCUUAAUCAAUCUUGUGAUCAUUCUCCCUUCUCUGCAUGGCCAUUGGCUGUUUAAUGUUUCCGUCAAAGUGUCUUCUGUUGCCUGACUACUCACAAAAACCGAAAUGAUGACAGGCUUACUUACUGUACUAACACUUGGAAUAAGUAUUUGCAUGAUACACUUAAUGUGCAACAAAGCACCUGCAGUCCAAGCUUGACAUUUACAUGCGGCAAGGUCUGUAAAUAUUUGCUAAGAAGUGAUUUGCAUGCUGACUGAACUCUCCUCAGACGACCUCAGGUCACAUUAACAACCAUUUCGAAAUAUCUGACAAGCGUUGCAUGUUUUUCUUUUAGCCCAGGCUUGUUACUGUGUGUGAUUGUGGAAGCAUGUGUGUGUACAUGUCAUGAUACAUUAUUUAUUUGCAAUGUCUCAAACUGUGUAGUUGAUUGUUUGGUUGUAAUGCCAUGUUUGUUUUUCUCCCCCCAACACCCUUAGAGAUUUUAUGUUGCCACAUCUCGGCAGCUAAAGCGUCUGGAGUCUGUCAGCCGCUCGCCCAUUUAUUCCCAUUUCUCUGAAACCAUCACUGGCUCGAGUGUUAUCCGAGCCUUUGGUAGAUGCUCUGCCUUCGUUUUGAUGAGUGAUAUGAAAGUGGAUGAGAACCAGAAGAGUUACUACCCGGGUAUAGUGUCCAACAGCGUGUGAACACAGGAAUACAGCUGAAUACAAACACUCGGUCCAGGGAUGAGUUUCAGCUGCUUGUUCACCUCAAGUGCAUAUAUAUGAGCUGUACUGUACAAUGGCUCGGCAUUCGCAUAGAGUUCAUUGGGAACUGUAUCGUGCUGUUUGCUGCUCUGUUUGCUGUCACUGGAAAGGAAAAUUUAAACCCUGGCCUCGUGGGUCUAUCAGUGUCCUACGCUUUACAGGUGACCAUGUCUCUAAAUUGGAUGGUGCGGAUGACUUCUGAUCUGGAGAACAACAUCGUAGCAGUGGAGAGAGUGAAGGAGUACUCUGAGACCCAGACUGAGGCAGCCUGGGAGGUCGAGGACAAGAAGCCCCAUGCCGAUUGGCCCAUGAAGGGGAAUGUGGAAUUCCAUGACUACAGCGUUCGAUACAGGGAAGGACUGGAUCUGGUCCUGAAAAACUUGACACUGAGUGUCAAAGGAGGGGAGAAGAUUGGUAUUGUAGGUCGCACAGGAGCAGGCAAGUCGUCCAUGACGCUCUGCCUCUUCCGUUUGCUGGAAGCUGCUGAAGGGGAGAUCUCCAUUGAUGGUGUAAAGAUAUCGGAGAUAGGCCUGCAUGACUUGAGGUCCAAACUUACGAUCAUUCCACAGGAGCCUGUCCUGUUCUCUGGAACACUGAGGAUGAACCUCGACCCUUUUGAGAAGUACACUGACGAAGAGGUGUGGAAGGCUCUGGAAUAUUCCCAUUUGCACAAGUUUGUGAGCAACCAGCCAGCAAAACUAGAGAUGGAGUGCUCCGAGGGUGGCGAGAACCUCAGUGUGGGCCAGAGACAGCUGGUGUGUUUGGCUCGUGCUCUCCUGAGGAAGACAACAAUCCUCAUCCUGGAUGAAGCUACUGCUGCUAUCGACUUGGAGACGGAUGAUCUCAUCCAGUCUACUAUUAGGACUCAGUUUGAAGACUGCACAGUCUUUACCAUCGCACACAGACUCAACACAAUUAUGGAUUAUACAAGAGUGCUGGUAUUGGACAAGGGGCAGAUUGCAGAGUUCGAUACCCCUGCUAGUCUCAUAUCUCAGCGAGGGCUCUUCUACGGAAUGGCAAAAGAUGCAGGACUGGUGCAGUAGAACAGGUCUUCAGGUUUUCAGAGUACUGCAUCAUUUGAAUGGAACUCGAGGUCCAGCCUGCACUCCACAGCCGGAAACAGCAGUUGAAAUGAAAACACCGACAUCAGGUCAUUUACGCUUUUUGCACUGAGAGUGCAGUCCUAUCUGGUAAGAAUUAAGAGUCGUAAAUAAGGAAAACAAGCUUUACUCCUCCAAGUCUGAACUCAAGUGCCUUCUGCCAGCGGGAAAGAAAGCCAGUGAAUGUAUCAUUUUCUAGUCGGCUGGCUCCGUUGCAAAAACAUAACACCACAAACGCACCAUUAGGAGGCUUUUUUAAUUAUUUUUUUUUAACUAGUGAAGAUAUUGUGCCACUGUGCUGUCUGCAAAAAAAAAACCUUUGUGAUGAACCCACUUAUUUUUGUACUGUGUCAUUAUUUAAGCUUUUUUUAAAUGCAUCUAGGGACGUUUGCUCAGUUAACUAUGUGAUUAUUCUGUGAACCAAAUCUAUGAAAAGAAACUUGAAUUCUGUACCACCAAAAUAUGAAAUAUGAUAAUGCCUUUAUUAAAACAAAAAAGAAAAAUCCAACAAGCUUGU